AUGGCGGGCGGGCGCGCCGGCGCGCGGGUGCUGUCGCGCGCGGGGCACGGGGCUCGCGCGGCGGGGUGGGGGCCGCCGCUGGGUCCCGAGGAGACGCUGGGGCUGCUGGAGGCCUCCGUGGUGCACCGGGAAGGAGCCCUGGUGGCGCUGAGCAAGCCCCCUGGCCUGCCUGUCUUGGGGAACCCCGGGGAGCUGAGCCUGGCGGCGCUGCUGCCGUCGCUGAGACGACGCCUUGGCCUCUCUGCUGAGCUCCACGUGGUGAAGGCUCCCGCCAGGGAGUGUUCUGGCCUUGUUCUCCUGUCCAGCUGCCACCGUGCAACCGAGCGGCUCCAGCAGUUCUUCAGUGAUGCCCGCCGGAGAGGCCAGUACCCUGCCACAUACCGUGCCGUCACCGUGGGCGUCCCAGCGGAGGCGGAGGGCGAGAUCCGUGCCUGGCUACGCUGGCAGCGGCACGGUGACACCGCAGCAGUGGUGCCAGUGCCGGCCCCAGGACGCCACAGCCUCGCCAGGAAGGAGGUGAAAAGCACCCUGACGCGCUACCGGGUGCUGGGUGCUGCAGGAGGCUGCGCGCUCCUCCAGCUCCAGCCCAGGACAGCCUUCCCAGAGCAGCUCCCAGUGCACCUAACGCUGCUGCUGUGCCCAGCCCUGGGUGACCAUGAGCACUCGUCCCGCGUGGGCAGGGUGCUGGGGGUGCCCUUCCUCCUGCCCCCUGAGGCUGCCCCAGCCUGCACACAGGUGCUGGACGAGGAGCUGCAGUGCCGGUUGGGGCUGUCUCCGCAGCAGCUCCGCCGCCUCCCGCUCCAUCUCCACCUGCAGCAGCUGGUGCUGCCCCAGGGCCCACUCUGUGCCCCCCCACCCCCCACCUUCCUGCGGACCCUGCGCACUCUGGGACUGCCAGAGCAGCAGGAGAUGUAGAACCCAUGGUGGAACCCCCACGCCGCUCCCCCUCUGCCAUCCCAUUAAAUCCCCAACUGCUGCCA